AUGCAAAUGAUGAGAAAUGUAACAGAAUUUAUCCUCCUGGGUCUCACCCAAAAUCCACAACUGCAGAAAAUCUUAUUCAUUGUGUUUUUCCUAAUCUAUCUGGCCACACUGGCAGGAAACACACUCAUCUCAGUCACUGUCUUCAUGAGUCCAGCCCUGGCUUCUCCCAUGUACUAUUUCCUCUCCUAUCUGGCCAUCAUAGAUAGUUUGUACUCCUCCUGCAUAGCUCCCAAAAUGGUCUUUGACUUGGUCUCUGAAAACAGCACCAUAUCCUUCAAUGCCUGCAUGACUCAGCUCUUCGCUGGACAUUUUUUUGCCGCAGCUGAGAUCAUCCUGCUCAUCGCCAUGGCCUAUGACCGCUACGUGGCCAUCUGCAAGCCCUUGCACUACGUGACCCUCAUGAGCCGAACUGUGUGUGCUUUCUUGGUGGGGGCUGCUGUAUUCUUAGGGCUUGUUCACGGGGGGAUACAGGUUUUGUUUAUAACCCAGUUACCCUUCUGUGGCCCAAACAUCAUUGAUCACUUUACAUGUGAUUUAUUCCCAGUCCUGGAGCUGGCUUGCACUGACAUGCACAGUCUGGGACCCUUGAUAGCUGCCAACAGUGGGUCGUUGUGCUUUCUUACAUUUUCUAUGUUGGUUGCUUCCUAUGUCAUCAUCCUGCACUCCCUGAGGACAUACAGUUCUGAAGGGCGCCACAAAGCCUUAUCUACAUGUGCCUCUCAUGUCAUGGUUGUUGUCUUAUUUUUUGUGCCUUGUUCAUAUCUCUACCUGAGACCCAUGACCUCUUUCCCCACUGACAAAGUUGUGGCAGUGGUCUUUACCCUCAUAACACCUAUGCUGAAUCCUUUAAUCUACACCCUCAGAAAUGAGGAAGUAAAAAAGGUUAUGAAGAAGCUCUUGGGUCAAAUAAUGAAAGGGGAUAUUGCAUGA